UUUCACGAAGCGAAUUGAACGGCGAAUUUGACUAGUUGUGUAAAUCUGUUUACCGAAGAAAACAAAAAAAUAAGAGUAACAAAAAGUAAGAUGGCGGGAGCUACAACAAGUACAAGUGGGUAUUUUGCAGUAGACGUCAAAAAAGAUUGCCCUCACAUAGCGACUGCACUACAUGAGGACAUUACGGUUGAUAUACAAGCACCUUGUGGAAGAUGUGCCAAUGUGGGUGAAAACUGGCUCUGCUUGACAUGUUCAAUAGUUUUUUGUAGUCGAUAUGUGAAGGAGCAUAUGGUCGAGCACAACAUGGAAACGCAACAUCCAAUCGCAUUGAGCUUCUCCGAUGCCAGUGUUUGGUGCUAUUCCUGCGAGUCAUACAUCGACUCUCCUGUACUUCGACAGAUAUGCAAUUCAGUUUCUGUUGCGAAAAGCUGAUCAAUUCUGAGGCGGUUUCCCUAACACGAGAAACAACAAUGUAUCUUAACGCACAGACUUGACCAAUAGCUCGAAAAAAUUAAAAAAAUACCAAGGACUCAAAAAUUGUAGUUAGAGAUGUAGAACGGUAGAAUAGAAUUCACGAUUAAA